AUGACGACCAAGCAAAUAUUCUCUCCCGACGACCCUACGCUCCAGUGCAUAUGCGUGCUGCCGCAUGAUGAUGGAUGGUGCCAUGCCGCAUGCUUUGGGAUUUACGCCGGAGUCAACAAGCCCCACGAGUGGAGCUGUUGGGUAUGCAAGGGCGAAGGUGGGAGCAGGCGACGAGGCGAUGAGGUCGACGAAGAAGAAGAACGGCAGACAUACGUUCGUAUCGAGCAGGAUAUCCUUCAGCUGCAUUCCCCCAGCCAUUCGCCACACCACAUUCCAGCCCCUCAGCGGCGUCGGACCCUCACAUACCUAUUGCAUUUACCCUCCUCGUCUAAUUCCGUCCUUCCACCAACAUAUACGUUGCAUACCGCCCAACGCGUCGACCCAGGAACAUUUCAUAUUCCUUAUCUUUCAGUGGUCACAAGUGCGCGGUCUUACGUCGAGGAUCCGCUCGAUGGGUGUGCAUAUGCACGGGUCCCGAGGGUAUUCGUUCAUCUCAUUCCUUCGCAUGACGACUCCGACGAUUGUGGUGCGGCUCCCGAUGAUCGACUUGUGAGCGGUGCCGCUCGCUGGAUUCGCUCAGGCUGUUAUUCCAAUGCCGAAAUACUUGCGAACGAAGACGGCGGAUGGGACGUGCAUGCUAUACAAGAGCUAAGCGCCGGAGAUGAGAUAGUGCUAGGGGACAAUGCCCAUCCCAUACAUGGCAGUGAGGAAGGGAGGGUCGAAGCUGUUGACGCCUUGGAGGGAGCCUUCAUGACUUGCGCAUGCGACGGUAGGAUGGGUUGUGCACUCGAGGCGGUGCGCAGAGGGGAUUGGAAGGCUGGCAACCUAGGUCCGCUGGUCGAGAAACAGAGAGGAUUUAAGACCAGGGCAAGGGAGAGAGGCGGCGUCGAGAUUGUACCAGGAAAGGGAAAGCAGAAGCGAAAGGAAGUGAAGAGAGCGGUCUUGCCGGUGGAGAAAGCGACGGAACAAGGAGGGGUAGUACCGCCCAAAAUGAGGAAGGGUCAAGCACGAAUGCCAACGUCGCCAUCGCCCUUGAGCCCAGCAGACGCAUUCGCAAAACUUUCGUUAAUAUCCCCGAUUUUCUGGACGGAGAAUCCAACUCUGAUUCAUGAUUCUCUGCUGGCUUCACUAGUACCGCAAAUGCUCUUGAGGAGACGAAAACAACCUGGUUCAACGCCGGAUGCACUGAGUGCAGAGUCAUUCGAGAACACGUCCAUUGAUUCUCCGUCGACGGCAACCAGUUCAUCAGAACUGCCUAUGUGAUACACCUUGCCGGCCUCCCUCCUUUCUACCGCAAACAUCGCCCUCGACGCCACUUAUCCAGUCCUCCCAGGGCCAACACGCAUCGAGGAGUCUCAAAUUGGACUGAGUUGGGAUGCGAGUUGUCGGGUGUGUAGACGGUAUGAGGAGGUGAUUAUGACGGAGGAAUGAAAUGGGAAUAUCGUUGAAAAUUCCCCACUUUGCAGGAUGAGUCUCCCUUUCCAAGGUACAUCGCCUGUGUUCACUGUGUUUUCACAGACUAACACGUCAUUGGGUAGUAUCCGAACUCUGGGAUUUGGUACUCGUCAAGGGUCACUAGUAUGGUGGAUAUCGAUAAACGGUCAAACCAUGGUGAGUUGGUUCAUUGUUAGUUCUCUUCUCCUGG